CCUGCUGCAAGUGCCUGGAAUAAAUGGGAGAGAGGGGUGCACUCCCCCCUUGCAGGAGCCUGCCUUAAAUUACAUGCAGUGGAAUAAUAAUAAUAAUAAUAAUAAUAAUAAUAAUAAUAAUAACGAGCCUCCACCUUGCUUGGGGGAGCAGGAGGGCCUUGGAAGCUGCUCUGCAGGCAGAAGGUGCAAGGUCCAAUCUCUGGCCUGACUGGGUAAAGCUGGAGAGACACUUGCCUGAAACCCCCUGAAAUGCUUCUGCCAGCCCAAGCAGGCAACAUUGAAGCUCAGUGCACCCAUGGUCUGACUGGAUAUAAAGCCCACAGGGUACAGAACCAUAGACCAGACUCAAACUGGAUUAUCCUCUCCUUCCACCGGAAAGAAAAUGAACGAAACAGAUCCAGUUCAGGGGCUGGUGACCUUCGAAGAUGUGGCUGUAUAUUUCACGGAGGGCCAGGCCGCUUUGCUGGAUCCAGCCCAAAGGUCCUUGUACAAGGAGGUCAUGCUGGAGAAUUAUGGGAACGUCGCCUCGUUGGGAGGAUCUGAAGACCCCAAGCCGGCCCUGAUUUGCCAGCUGGAGCGAGGGAAAGAGCCGUGGGUGGCUAAUCUUCGGCGCCUGGGCGAAGAGGCGCUCAAGGCAACCUCAGGAGACUUGAAGAAGAAAAACGUGUGUCCGGAGUGUGGAAGAUGCUUCUCUGACAUGUCUGUCCUCCUUGAACAUCGGAGAUGCCACUCGACAUGGAGACCGUAUAAAUGCGUGGAUUGCGGGAAAUGUUUCCCUGGGUUUUCAGAGCUUUUGACGCACCACAGAGUCCACGUGGCUGAGAAAGCUUCUCAGUCCUCCGAGUCCGAGGAAGGUUUGGACAUCAAAACAGUCAUCGUUGGCCAUCAGGGAAUUCACACGGGAGAGAAACCUCACAAAUGCUUGGAGUGCGGGAAGUCCUUUGAUUUCAAGUCCACCCUGGCGACGCACAUGCGCAUCCACACGGGGGAAAAGCCUUACAAGUGUUUGGAGUGCGGGAAGUCGUUCGCUCGGAAAGGGAACCUUUCCGGUCACCGGAGACUCCACAUGACCGAGAAGCCUCACAAAUGCAUGGAGUGCGGGAUGUCCUUUGCGCAGCAGUCGAAGCUCGUCGGUCACCAGAGAGUCCACGAGGAGCUUUUCAAAUGCUUCGAGUGCGGGAAGUGUUUCCCUCACAAGGGCCUUCUCAUUGAACAUCGGCGGGUCCACACGGGAGAAAAGCCUUUCAAGUGCUUGGCCUGCGGGAAGUACUUUUCCCGGAAGUCAAACCUUGACGAUCACCAGAGAAUCCACACGGGGGAGAAGCCGUACAAGUGCUCGGUGUGCGGGAUGUGCUUCGCGGGCCGCUCGUCCCUCACCUACCACUACCGAGGCCACACCGGAGAGAAGCCCUUCAAGUGCCUGGAGUGCGGGAAGGAUUUCGCCGACCGCUCGUCGCUCCAGUACCACGAGAGAGGCCACACGGGAGAGAAGCCGUACAACUGCUUCGAGUGCGGGAGGAGCUUUGCCAGUCGUUCGUCUCUGGUUUGCCACCGGAGGACCCACACCGGCGAGAAGCCUUACCAGUGUGUGGAGUGCCUGAUAAGCUUUGCCGACAAGUCGGGCCUCAUAUGCCACGAGAGGGUCCACACAGGGGAGAAGCCGUACACUUGCCUGGAGUGCGGGAAAUCGUACUCCUUCCGCUCGUCCCUCGUUUGCCACGAAAGGUCCCACACGGGAGAGAAACCUUACCAGUGCCUGGAGUGCGGGAAGUCUUAUUCCGACAGGUCGUCCUUUGUUUACCACCAGGGGACGCACACAGGAGAGGAACGCUUCAAGUGUCUGGAGUGCGGGGUGUGUUUUGCGCCAAAGCGGCCACUUUCCAGGAUCCAUGGCAUCCCAGUGGUACAGCACCCGAUUCACCAUGAGAGCUGCUCUUUCUAUCUCAAGUUGAAAAUGGAAUCAGAAAUAAAAGAAGAAAAAUGAAGACAGGAACCCAGGAACAGCAACCUGAUCUUCGUGUGAAGGAAGUUGCAGUAUCUCUGUUUACACAAUAUCUCGGUUGAGUGUCUUGCAUCACUAGCACUUCGAUGUGGCGAGUAAGGAUCGGACAAAGGAGGCCUCUGUACCUGUAAUAUUAGGCUUUGUUCUUGGAAAAGGUUUUCCAUGGAGUUUCGGGCUGUAUACAUGCUACGUAUACCUUUGAAACAAGUUUGAAGCACAUUAUUUCCCUCAGAGAAUUCUGGGCACUGUAGUUUUCCACUCACAGAGAAGCAAUCCCCAGCAGUGCUGAAGAAAACUACAGUGCCCAGAAUUCUUUGAGGCAGGGAGAAUGUGCUUUGAAGUUUGCAUACACACCAUACAU